AUGGAUAAAAAGGGCUUCGUGAAAAAGUGGGUGGAUAUCAUCUAUGCAACGGGUGUAAGUGUGCAGAUGAGGAGUGUGUUGGAUAUCUAUUCGGUUGCAUCUGGCCAACGAAUAAAUUUCGAUAAGUCUUUGAGGGAUGUGCAUGAACAUGAUCAAAACACUACUCCCAUAAGUGCUAUUACGGAAACCUGGAAGAAACCACUUGGUGGCAGAUUGAAAAUGAAAACCGACGCUGCCUUCAAUGAAGCUAAUAACUCAAUGGGAUUAGGGUGGGUGUUGUGUGAUGAUCAAGGCCGAUUCCUAGCCAGCAAAAGUAUGUGUAUCACGGGGUGCUAUGGUGUCAAGGAGGCUGAAGCAAUAUGCAUUAGGGAAGCACUCAGCUGGCUAAAGGGUACAUAA